GUGCCCCGGAAACGGAAGUGACUUCCUAGCUGUCAGAGUCGGGGUGUUACUCGGUGGUCCUGAAAGCUAGGGAACUCGUUUUCGCUUCAUUUUUCCUGACUCUGGAGCGCUUCCCUGCCUGGCAGGUGGGAGUGCAGAGACGGAAGUGCGAGAUGAGCACCAUGUUCGCAGACACGCUGCUCAUCGUUUUUAUCUCCGUGUGCACGGCUCUUCUCGCUGAGGGUAUAACCUGGGUCCUGGUUUACAGGACAGACAAGUACAAGCGACUGAAGGCGGAAGUGGAAAAGCAGAGUAAAAAAUUGGAAAAGAAGAAGGAAACAAUAACAGAGUCAGCUGGUCGACAACAAAAAAAGAAAAUAGAGAGGCAAGAAGAGAAACUGAAGAAUAACAACAGAGAUCUAUCAAUGGUUCGGAUGAAAUCCAUGUUUGCAAUUGGCUUUUGUUUUACUGCCUUAAUGGGAAUGUUCAAUUCCAUAUUUGAUGGUAGAGUGGUGGCAAAGCUUCCUUUCACCCCCCUUUCCUACAUCCAAGGGCUGUCUCAUCGAAAUCUGUUGGGGGAUGACACCACAGACUGUUCCUUCAUCUUCCUGUAUAUUCUCUGCACCAUGUCGAUUCGACAGAAUAUCCAGAAGAUUCUUGGCCUUGCCCCUUCACGAGCAGCCACCAAGCAGGCAGGUGGAUUUCUUGGUCCACCACCACCUUCUGGAAAGUUCUCUUGAAAUCAAGAAGAACCGUAUAAUUCUUGUCAUUCUUUUUAGACAUUCAAAUCAGACUGGCAACUAUUUGGUAGCAAGAGCCAUAGGCAGCCUUAGCACAUGGGCAACCUUCUAAUUUUGAGUUAUUUCUAGACUUUUUUGGUAUGAUUCAAAUAAGGAUGGUACCCAACAAACAUGACAGUGCUUUGGGUCACAGAUUAAUUUUUAUUAAAUAAGUGUCUUGAUUAGAUAAGUUCAGCUGAUAUUUAUGUAAUGAGAAACAAAUAGCAUCUUUCUUGCUUUGCUUACAUGAAUAUUUUCUGUGGGACUGACUCUCAAGUUUGCUGUGUGCCAUGUACCGUGGAAGUUGGUUCUCCAUGAGUAUUUAGAGAUCUGGAGGAAAAAUUUGUUUAUGUAACUCUUAAUUGGAACUAUUUGUUGUGUGUUUUUCUUCAAGCCAAAUAUAUGACCCAAAAUCAAUAAAGAGGCCAAAAUUUUAGCUA